AUAGAAAAAACAAAUGGAAAGAAAAUGACACGGAGGAUGAGUAGUUGACGUUCGCUCAUUCGCGAGUAUAACGGGUCGACGUUCUUAAUCCCUUUUGUCUUGUCCACCACGAAAAUCCAAUAAAUUAAGCCUUCAAUUUCUUUCCUCUCUCCUUCUCUUUCUUUCCACAACACUACACCAAUUAGAUCGAAUUGAAUUGAAUUGAAUUGAGUUUUCACUUUGUUCUGAGAGAAGAAGAGCAUGGGACCUGGACUCUUCUCUGAUAUCGGCAAAAAAGCGAAAGAUCUGCUGACGAAGGACUAUAUCUCGGAUCAGAAAUUGUCUAUCUCUACCUAUAGUGACACUGGAGUGGCCCUUACAUCAACUGCAGUGAAGAAAGGAGGGCUUUCAACUGGAGAUGUAGGAGCACAGUACAAAUAUAAGAACACUUUGAUUGAGGUCAAAGUUGAUACAGGAUCAAAUAUUUCAACAACUCUUACUUUGACUGACAUCGUCCCAUCAACAAAAACCAUUGCCUUUUUGAAAUUCCCCGAUUACAGUUCUGGCAAGCUAGAGACUCAGUACUUUCACCAUCAUGCAACCUUCACCGCAGCUGUUGCUCUGAAACAAUCCCCUGCAAUAGAUCUUUCAAUGACACUUGGUACUCCAACUUUUGCUCUUGGUGCAGAGGCAAGUUAUGAGACUGAAACAAGUAAACUAACAAAGUAUACUGCUGGUAUUAGCGUGACAAAACCAGAUUCUUGUGCUGCUAUAAUCUUAGGAGACAAAGGGGACACCAUAAAGGCAUCUUACAUACAUCAUCUGGACUCACUGAAGAGGACUGCUGCUACAGGUGAAAUCACUAGACGAUUCUCCACAAAUGAGAACACAUUUACAGUUGGAGGGUCCUGUGCUGUUGAUAACCUGACAAUUGUGAAACUCAAGCUCAACAAUCAUGGGAAUUUGGGAGCUGUGUUGCAGCAUGAGGUGAUUCCAAAGUCAUUGUUGACCAUUUCUAGUGAGUUCGACACCAAGGCCUUGGAUAAGACUCCCAGGUUUGGUGUGGCACUAGCUCUUAAGCCUUGAUAGGAUUUUGUAGCCUGCAAUUCAUGAACUCAUACAAAGGAAAGUUUUUGGGGUAGCACGUGAACCGAGGCACUCAAUAAGUAGUUCAUAGACAUUGUUUUUUCCCUGGAAUUGAUUUCCCUAGAAUGGAUCAAUUCCUAUAGGCGGUUCCCAAAGUAGACCAGUUGUGGCAUUUCACAGUUCUCUACUCGUCGUUCUACUUUCUGCUGUUUUGAGAAAGUUUACAUGACCAACUUUUUACACAAAAAGUCAAGAAAUUGGCAGUUUUUGCCGUGCAAGUUUUUUCUUUUUUGUGGAGUCAUGCGGUAGUCAUCGAAUUACAAUGAUUGGUUAAACGAAAGAUUGUCUGAAGACUUUGUAUGCCUCGUUUUGCAUUGCUCCUUGGGGAAAUUAAUUGCUUUAUGUUUUCA